GAUGCAACGUUCCGGACCGACUCGGUCAAUUUAUGCUGCUCGUUUGCCUGCCUGACCACCCCCGUUCUAGGCUCAAGGUGGUGUGCACCACCACACACACACACACGGCACCGCGGCCACGGGAGCUGCAACGUCGAGAGGGCCGGCGGUUUCUGGGAUGGCUCGGUGGAAGCUGGAGCAAGCCCGGGGGAGUGGUAAGAGAUGGGACGAAGAGGACCGGCUAGCAGUCGACCGGCGUGUCCCCGGGCGUUGCAAGAGUCGCAAUGGGCCAGGGGGGUGCCUCAGAUGCUCGGCGGUAUUCUGCAUGGACCCCAUAGCUACCGAGCUACAUGAUGAGCUUGGCCAACCCUAUGCAUCAUAUUCGAAGCCACCUUGUAAGUAGGGUCCCCGCAAACAAUGCAGUCGUCCCGGCGGGAACGCGGCGAAAUACCCCAAGCAUACUUUUGCCAAGUCGGGGGUAAUGGACUCUUCCCCAGUACUCCGCGUCUCCUGACUGGCCAGGAGCAGCCAACGCUCCGCAGAGUGACAUGCUCCAAAACCUGGAACCCAAAGAGAUGUAACCCAUGCCAGCCAAAAAAUCCAAGGGCCCUUCCAUCCCAGUGGCACCCGCUUGUCAUUCACUUCAAAUAUCACAACCGUCUCUCCCGUCUCACCGGUCGAGCUUCUUUUCUUCUCCCCAUCCCGCUCUACACCCUUUCCCAUCGAUCCAACCCCUCGGGUCACGGUUACCACUUACACAACCAAGAGAAGGCAUCGCCCCUCCCCCCCAACCACCAUAUCGACAAUACAAUCUCUUCAUCGAGCAAGGCGUAUAAGAAACCUUUUUCACCAUCAUGUCGACUCACGACGAGAAGGAGGCCCCGGCCGCCUCCCACGUCGGCGGCCUGGCUACUACCCAGGACGUCGAGCGUAUUGAGGCUCCCGUCACCUGGAAGGCCUACCUCCUCUGCGCCUUCGCUUCCUUUGGUGGUAUUUUCUUCGGCUACGACUCCGGUUACAUCAACGGUGUCCUCGGCUCCCAGAUCUUCAUCGACGCCGUCGAGUUCGCCGGUGCCAAGGCUGUUUCCGAGUCCCGGACUUCGCUCAUCGUCUCUAUUCUCUCCUGCGGUACCUUCUUCGGCGCUCUCAUUGCUGGUGACGCCGCCGACUGGAUUGGUCGCAAGUGGACUGUGAUUCUCGGCUGCCUCAUCUAUAUCGUCGGUGUUGUCAUUCAGAUGAUCACUGGCCUCGGUGAUCCCCUCGCUGCCAUCGUUGCCGGUCGCUUGAUCGCUGGUAUUGGUGUCGGUUUCGAGUCUGCUGUCGUCAUUCUGUACAUGUCUGAGAUUUGCCCCCGCAAGGUGCGUGGAGCUCUGGUCGCUGGUUACCAAUUCUGCAUCACCAUCGGUAUCAUGUUGGCUGCUUGCGUUGUGUACGCCACUGAGGGUAGAACCGACACUGGCUCGUACCGCAUUCCCAUUGCCAUCCAGUUCCUCUGGGCCAUCAUCCUCGCUGGUGGUCUCAUGAUGCUCCCUGAUUCUCCCCGUUACUUUGUCAAGAAGGCCAACCUUCCCGCCGCCACCGAUGCUCUCGCUCGCCUCCGUGGCCAGCCCAAGGACUCUGAGUACAUCCAGGUCGAGCUUGCCGAGAUCGUCGCCAACGAGGAGUACGAGCGUCAGCUCAUUCCCAACACCACCUGGUUCGGCUCGUGGGCCAACUGCUUCAAGGGUUCCCUCUUCAAGGCCAACUCCAACCUUCGCAAGACCAUCCUCGGUACCUCUCUUCAGAUGAUGCAGCAGUGGACUGGUGUCAACUUCAUCUUCUACUACUCGACCCCCUUCCUCAAGUCCACCGGUGCCAUUUCCAACUCGUUCGUCAUCUCCAUGAUCUUCACCGUCAUCAACGUGUGCUCGACCCCCAUCUCCUUCUGGACCGUUGAGCGUUUCGGUCGCCGCACCAUCCUCCUCUGGGGCGCUCUUGGCAUGCUCAUCUGCCAGUUCCUCGUCGCCAUCAUCGGUGUCACGGUCGGCUUCAACCACACCUUCCCCGCCCCCACGGCGGACGAUCCCGAGCGCACCCUCGCCAACAACAUCUCUGCCGUUAACGCGCAGAUCGCCUUCAUUGCGAUCUUCAUCUUCUUCUUCGCCUCCACCUGGGGUCCCGGCGCCUGGAUUCUCAUUGGUGAGAUCUUCCCUCUGCCGAUCCGCUCCCGUGGCGUUGGUCUCUCGACCGCCUCCAACUGGCUCUGGAACACCAUCAUCGCCGUCAUCACCCCCUACAUGGUCGGUACCGACAAGGGCAACAUGAAGUCGUCCGUCUUCUUCGUCUGGGGCGGCCUCUGUACCUUUGCCUUGAUCUACACCUUCUUCUUCGUCCCCGAGACCAAGGGUCUCUCCCUCGAGCAGGUCGACAAGAUGAUGGAGGAGACCACCCCCCGCACCUCGGCCAAGUGGAAGCCCCACACCACCUUUGCCGGGUCUCAGCCCACCGACAGCGCCUACCUCAAGCAGGAGUCUGUUUAAAUCGGCUUCUUUUUGCUCGAUUCGGUUUUUCCAACCAUCUAUGAAGAAUAGACAAGUGCUUUUGGUGUGUCGUCAAGAGGAAGAGGAAUAGUUGUGGUGGCUUUGGCUUAUUCGGAGGAUGCAGGAGAAGUCGUUCUGGUCUGAUAUCAUAUACCCCAUAUCGCGAGCGCGUUCAUUGCAGCGACAAACGAGUUUUUUUUUCCCCUCUAGUUUCGACACAUUUGGAGAAACAACAAAUAAAGAAGAGUUCUUUCACAAAAAAAGAAAGCCGAUCACAGAGAUGACUUGACGAGGACGAGGGCGACAUGACAAGGAGGCAUUUGUUCUUGAUGAUUGGGUGGUUUGACACUGGCUUUUCUUGGUGAAUUUUCCCCGGGUGACUGACGGGAAGGUGUGACCUUGAUGAGUGGUAUAUUCUCGUGUGUUUUUAUUGUUGAUGGAAAGCGCAGCCAUGGGCAAAAGGUUACUUAAACCCUCUACGUGUAAAUGGGUGGUGGCUUUUUGUUCUCGUGUUUUGCGAAUUACCUCCUCCUCUAUGUGUAUAAUAACUUCUAAUUUCUCUUGUUCCGAUGCGGGACACCAUAUCUACAUUCUUCAAAAAGACAAUGUUGUCGUCUCCGGGA